CGGGGCCUUGGUCGACUUAUGGUGAGGUUCCGGCGGCCACUCGUGAACUAUGGUGGCGGUUGUUCAAGGCUUCCCAUCGGUGGCAUUUUGCCCUAGACCAAGCUAUUCUCAAAGAAUACAAUUCUAGGAUUUCUGGGUGGUUGAGACCCACUUUUAGGACCGCCCGGUCUACCGGUCGAAAGCCAAGAUUCCUUGGCGAUGAUGUGUGGGAGAUGCUUUGCCGCCAUUGGGCUACGGAUCCCGCAUUUUUUAUGAGAAGCGAAACAGCCAAGGCAAACUGGAACUCGGAAAAAGCCAAGG